AUGAGUCAAAAUCAAGCUCCGUGGCCGGGCGACAAGAUCCCCAACGUGUCGAGGAAUGCCCUUACGCAGUCGGAACGGGACCAGCUCCAGUCCUUCGUAGUACCCCCCUCGACUUCGCCUAUGCAACCUCCAAACCAAGUAGGGGACCAGACUCUUAGCCAUUACGGAAUGAAUUCUACUUCAACGUCGAUCACUCCCCAGUUAACAUCGACGCCAUCGACAUAUAUCUCAGCGCCACCCAUUUCGAAUUCACAAUAUUCCCCAUCGAUUCCUACGCCCCAUGGAUCCACGUCCAUGGUACCUCACCAAUAUACAAACUAUGGUUUUUCCAAUACCGUGGGGCUUCAGAACAUGGCAGCACCAAUGAACCCGACGUUCGCCUACAACCAUCAACAAAACACUCAUAUGAUGCCAAACGCAUCAACCAAUCAGCAUAGUCAGUGGUCAUCUCAACAGAACGAUUCUAGUUCGGGGAUAUUCGCGUCCCAGAGCCAAGGGAUCACGGCUGCGAUGGGUUCCGAGCCUAUUCCACAGAACCAGAUCGCUUCGGCUAGUCAAUAUACCAUGUUCCCGGGUAUGGGCUCGCCUUCGCAGGCCAUCGAAGAUGUCGCCGGACCCGUCACUCCUACGGGUCACAACGGGGUUUCCCCUGAUUUCGACGAGGGCACAUCCAUGAGUCCGCACGCCGGAACCCAUCAGAACUCCAGAACCAGUUCUGGCUCGACUUCGAACGGCCACCACCGAUCUUCGAAGUCCAGAGAUAAGGCGCCUUUCAAAUGGAGGCCCGGCAUGAAGGAGCGGAAGAUCACGGACGAGAUGUCGCCGGAGGAGAAGAAGGAGGCGAGCGACUGGAACUACAAGUACUCCGAGGCCAAGAAGGCGCAUACCCGGGAGCAGAACCGCGUUUCCGCCCAGAAGAGUCGGCAGAAGAAGGUGGAGCUGCUCGAGAAGACGAAGACGCAGGUGGAGCGCCUGGAAGAAGAUAACACCCGGCUGCAGAACCAUAUCGUGGGAUUGGAGUCGGCGGUGCAACAGCUCUCGAACGAGAACAUGCACCUGCGCAGCAACAACGAGAUUCUGCGCCAGCGCGUCGCUCUUCUCGAGCAACAGAUCCAGGUCCGCAACCCCCACGUGGCUCUACCUGCUCUCGGAAACCAGAACCAUACCCCUACUCUUGCUCCGGGAGUAUCGCAAGCUCAGAACUUCAUGCAGGCACCGACUCCCGUGCUGAGACAGAACCCCACGCCUACCCAGAACGUUCUCCAGAACGCCCCCCAGGCUCAGGUAGGCCUUGAUUACGGCCUAGGUUCCACCCAGAAUGCGCAGACGCUUGCAAGUAACGGUCCUAUAGACCCUAACCUGCAGUCUCAGCAACCUCAGCAGCCGCAACAGCCACAGCAGCCUGAUAAUGUCACACGCGAACAACAGGAUGAUUUUAUGGUGGAUUGGAUGCAGGUUUCCUUGGGUGACUUCCAGAACUCAGACCCUAACAGCCGGCCCUGGAGCCCUUCCAACGGUGGCGCCCAGUAA